GGGAUCCUAGUCACUGAUAAACAACGUACGAGAUGACUGAGCCUUCUCCCUCUCCUCUCCCUCACUUCUUCUCCCAGCUCUCUCCCCGCUACCCUCAAGUCACGGAGGACGGCAAGGUAGACACUGUGCAGUUCCUAGAGGCGUCCACGGCCUUCAUCAAGAUAUACGAUUUACUUGGUGCAGCAUUUUAUGUAGUUAAGAAGGACAUGGCAGGGAACAUUGAGAAACUCUACAAGACUUAUAACAAGGCACCUGAGAAGUACAAGUUCCUCAAUGACAUGAUAUAUCUGGAAAAAGAGGAUCCAUCUAUAUUUGCUGUGGAUGCCCUUCUUUGGCUCAAAAGAGCACUGGAGUUCACAGUCAUCUUCAUCAAUGGUUUGUGUGAGGAGUUUCAGAGGGGCAUCACAUCUGACAAGUUGGAGCAUUUGGCGACAGAUGCAUACAACAGGACCCUCAAGCAGUACCACUCAUGGCUAGUACAGAAUGUCUUCAAGGUGGUAGUGAAAUCUGUUCCAAGCAAAUCGUGCCUCAUCAAAUCUCUCUACUUUGGUAAAGUGGGAUCAGAGGAAGUUCUGUUUAAGGAAGUCACAGCAUACACCAGUGAACUUGACAAAGUUCUGAAAGUAAUAGUACAAAUGUAUGGUGAUUGGGGCCUUGAUAAUGAUCAAAAGGUCUAACUACUAAUUUUUUGGAAAAAAUACCUCAUGAAGGCUUCAGGGACAGAAUAACUGUUGUGGACAAGAUCUCUCGACUGCAUCAGUUAUGUUUUAUUUUUAUUUUUUCAGAACUACAACAGGUUUUACAUUUUGGCUCACCUGAUUUCUUGAGUACGAGUGAAUGCUUUUGCAUCAAAUGUACAUUCCCAGCAUCGGAUAGUUAGUUGUUUUGCCAUUACAUAGUAAAACAUAUUGAUGAUUACAUGCUGUGCAUGAUGUCAUUUUAAAACAUUUUAUUUAAUUGUUUGGUUAAUUAACUGGAAGGUUCCAAGCAGAUAACUGAAAGAUCGAAUACAAAAUGAAUCUAUCGAUGGCUACAUUCUAUACAUGAAGGUGUAAUUUUAAAGCAUAGUUUAUAUAUGAAUCAAAUUUAUAAAAUAUGGAUUUUCUCAGUUAUGCUUUAUUACCUAUGUUCUUGAACAUAGUUAGUGCUUGUUAUUAAAUUGAAAUUCUUACGCUCUCAAGCACUCAAAUCUUUACUGGUGAUUCAAUCUCUUCUAUAGAGGGGAAAAAAUUGGUGUUAUUUACUUACCUGCAUAAAAGUGAUAGUACAGUAAUGUCUUAAAAACCUAAAGGUUAAGAGGGCAAACCAAGUUUAAAAGUUUUGAAUGAUGACUUGUUUCUUUUUAUUAUUAUUGCUAUAUUUUGGGUUGUGUGGGACCAAGAAUGUGUUUAUGAUUCCAUGUCUUACCAGACAUGCAUUCAAAAUUAAACACUCAAAUGAAUUGUUAUACUCUUCCAUGUUCUCCUGUAACAGUAGUAGCCAAAAAGAUUAUGAUUUUUAUCUUAUCUACAGUUUUCUUUUAAAUUUUAAUUCAACUCCCUCUUACAUUUUCUUAUCUUUGAAGGCUUAGUGUCUUGUUCUGAAACAGUUGCUAUGUAAUUACUGUUCCUUUUUAUCAUAUGGAGAAAUAUGUUAUUUUCUCACUUCAUAUGUAUGUAGAUAUCAAUUUAUCUGAUGGAGUCGUCAGAUGAUGUCAAAGAAGAGUGCCAUUUGUGCUUUUGACUCAGAUUCAUGAUAAAUCGAUUUUACUUUCUUUGUGAUGAACUCAUGAUUUAUAAAGCCUUGAAUUUCUUGGUGCUGUUACCUAUAUUAAAUGGAAAUGCUAUAGUUAACUCAUCUUACCUUGGUGAAUUUAUCCAUAUUAAGGAGAGGGGCAUAAUUUUCCAUCUGUCAGUAUCUUAGCCUCAUACUGUUCCUAUUUAUAUUACAUUUGUGAUCUAAUGAGGUAUAAAGUGCUCUGGGAGACUUUGGUAAUGUAUACAGUCAAGAGUCAGUAAUCACUUCACCACCUCUUAUGUGGACAAACAAUUAUCCGUCCUUUUUUUUGUAGCACAGUGAUACCUUGGCUGUGAUGUUUAUCAGCAAUAUUACAGACACAUCAUCAGCUGUUCUGUAUGCUAUAGCAAAAUACAAAAUGUAUCCACAGCAGUCAGAUAUAAAUUUCUUUGCAAAUUAAAUUUCCCCCCAAAUAUGGGAGUAAAGUGUUUGGUGUUUGGAUGGGUGACUCUUGUACAUUUUAGGCUUUGAGUCUUUAUAUGAUGAAUUUUACUCAGUCAUUUCAUGAGUGUUGACAGACUGACCAUAGUUUGCCUCAGAGGGUUUGACUGUGAUGUUCAUUUUUAAACUGUUAUUGUUAGACUAGAGUGUGCAGUCCUUUGUACUCAUUCCUGCAAAAAUGGAAGCUGUGUUUAUGAGAGUGUGCAGCAGCAGCUUGGUUUAGGGUAAUGUAUGUUGAGGUAUACUAUAAAAAAUUGCUAACUGCUUACCUCAGUACAGCACAAUUGAUAUGCAAUUACCAAUCAAGCUUAAGCUUCUUGUUCUCACUAAACCUGACAGCCAUAGCACCAGGAAUGUAUGCAAGUAGACUGAGCGCACCAGAUGAUCAAUAGUUUAUUUGUAAUGGGAUUGUUGACUAUUUAUAAAGUACCUGUUAAGAAGGCUUGUUAAAAAGCUUUGCUGACAUAAUACACUGAAGAUGACCUUGCAUUCAAUGAAUACAUGUGUGUGUGUGUGUGUGUGUGUGUGUGUGUGUGUGUGUGUAAAGUAAAUUUAAUAAAAACUAUUUAAUAUGAAAUCACUAAUUCUGUAUACAGGAAAGGUGCUGAAAACAAGAAAAAGGGUACAAGGAGUGUAUCCUAAAAAUAACAGCAAAUUUCUUAAUCCUUCUUAUGUAUUUUGUGUCAGUUGAGUUGUAUGCCAAACCUGCUUUGGGUGUUUGGGGAAGUUUCUAAUAGAUUUAUUAUAUAGUAUAAUAUACAUCAUUUGAAAAACUCUAUGACCAUGUGUUGGCCUUGUCUUAUUUGAUUUGUAAAUGAGGCUUCAAGUGAUGCCAGGAGUUUUUAUUAAGUUUUAGAAACCUUGAUAGGAAAUUAUGCACACAAAAAUAAGUUGGUUGAAGACAGUAUGGUUGAGACAGUGAUCUACUUGUAACUUAGGGACUGGAAAUUUGUAGAAUAUUUUUCACUAGAGGUUUGUUUUAGCAAACAGAAUUCAUUAGAAUACACAAAUUUAUUUGCUGAUGAGUUUAUUCAAUAAGUUUUGUUGGUUUUAUUGUGACAUUAAUAUCAAUUUAUCAACCAACAUUACUAUUUGAUGUCACAGACCUCCACUCAGUACUGGUCCUUCAUAGUGCAAAUAAGUAUAAAAUGCCUAGAAUUAGACCAUAGAAUAUGUGUUGUAUUGAGAUCUUGAUCAUUAUUAUUGUGACUCCUACCAAAUGCAGGCAAGAUGCCUCAGCUAAAGAAAACAAUAAUGAAUGCAACCAUUUUAGCAGAUUAUGAUAUGUAAUAUAAUUUUUUUUCCUGAGGGUAUGCUUUUGACCCCAUGUUAAAUCCUAUAAAAAAUCUGUUCCUUUAAAACAAUAGUGAGAAGUUGAUGUGUUUUCUGUCUGUCUGAGCCACCUGCACUAGAGGUCUGUGUGUUGAAGGCUGAACUUUCUGUAUUCCCAGGUUGCCUCAAUAAUGUUCAACUCACAUGGAGAAACUUUUCAGAGCUCUCCUUUGUUUCACAUAUCAACAGUAACACAAACUGUUCAAAUAGCUUAGGUAUACUGAAAUGAAAGACAGGCAGUACUAGUCUUACUACAAUGCUUUAAUACUUGCCAUACCAGGGAUCAGCAGAACCUGGUGUUGAACUUUCUAUAAACCCUUUGUGUAGCUCAGUUUGCUUUUUUUAAUGUUAGUUAUUUUGUUUAUAGGCUUCAAACUACAGAAAUGUUGUUGCACAUAUAUUUAUAACUUACAUAAGGUUUUCAAACAAUACAUACAAUGAAUAUUUCACAUACAUUGAAUGAUAUCAGUAUCUCGAUGUCUGUUUGCCUGUCACUCCAUUGAUCUAUCUAUCGGUCUGCAUUCAUCUAUACUAUAUCCAUAUCUACAUACUUGUAUAUAUAUUUUACAGUAAGCCCUCUAUUUAUGGACCCUCCUUAUAACAAACAUCACAUAUUCCAGACCAUAUAAACUUUGCUUACACUCACUGUAUACAGCAUUUUUAUUUGAGAAAACUAUUACUUUUAACAUUUAAUUCAGUCUUUAUUUCAUGAAUCAGUAUUAACCAAUAUAUACAG